UGUAUUGUAAUCCUCAACCUCACCUAACGUGACUCUCUGUCUAACCCCAGAAUGAAGACCAUUCUCAGUAACCAGACUGUGGAUAUCCCCGACGGUGUCGAGGUGAGGCUGAAGGGACGGACUGUCAUCGUCAAGGGUCCCCGGGGGGUUCUCCGCAGGGAGUUCAACCACAUCAACCUGGAACUCAGCCUGUUGGGGAAGACGCACAAAAAGCUGCGUGUGGAUAAAUGGUGGGGCAACAGGAAGGAGCUGGCCACAGUCAGAACCAUCUGCAGUCACGUCCAGAACAUGAUCAAGGGAGUCACCAUGGUGAGUGUUGGCCCUACUGUUAGUUACCAUGGUGAGUGUUGGCCCUACUGUUAGUUACCAUGGUGAGUGUUGGCCCUACUGUUAG